CGUCAAAUCGAUGGCACGUGCUAGCGCCCGAUUCGCAUAAUACGCGCAGAUACGAAUCUCACAUUAUUUUCGUCGACUCAAUUCGAUCAGUUGAUAGUUUUUCUUUGGAUAACUUACAUGUGGAGGUAGUGAUGUGACUACGGGACAAUGUUACAGCUGCUAUUCUUGCUGCUUACAAUUUUAGUGACAUCUUGUGCAAAAUGUCCUUCGAUGUGCACUUGUAGACAUUUUCCGCGCGAACUUGUGCCAACUAGUUAUCUCUAUUACACUGCUGUGAAGUGCGACGGAUUUGCUUCCAACGAGACGCUCAGUAAUACUACCAGCAUUUUAGAAGUCAACAACUUAGACCAAUCAAGUUUUAGUGAUUUGUAUAUCGGGUUACAAGAAAGUGAUUUAGUCAACUUAAAAACGCUAUCUUUGGCGCAUAGCUAUGUGGCAAACAUAAGUGAACUACUUGGUGUAGUGGAAAACAGCUUAAACUACUUAGUUCUGACUCACAGCAACAUAACUGCUAUUCCAAAUUUGACUGAAAAAACUAGUGUAGUGUCAAUAGAUCUGUCCAAUAAUGCAAUAGAGGAACUAGCAGAACUAACGUUAAGAACUUUGCAAAUAUUAAAUCUGAGCGCAAAUUCAAUCAAACGAAUUGAGUCUAACAGCUUCCGAGCCGUAAAGAACCUAAAGAUUUUGGACAUUUCACAAAACCACUUAACUUUUUUAGAUCACAAUGUUCUUUAUCCAUUGACAUUUCUGCAAUAUCUCAAUUUGAGCCAUAAUCGUAUAGAAAUUUUAAACGAAAACUGCUUUUCCAAUUUAAUGAGAUUGCAACAGUUAGAUAUUUCAUGGAAUAACUUAGUCAGAGUGGCUGCAGGUAGCUUUGAUUUGCCAAUUCUCUCGCGUUUAUUACUAGCUGGAAACGUUCAAUUAGAAAAUGUAAGUAAAGUUUUGGUUGAGGUUGGUCGAAGGCUACAUACUGUCGAUGCAUCGACAAUGGGACUAACACAAGUUCCUAGUACAUUAACUAAUUCAAUUCGAACUUUAAAACUAGCCAGAAACUCUAUAACAGAAAUAUUUUGCGGAGAUUUAGACGCUUAUCCUUUACUACAGUCUCUAGAUUUUUCAUUCAACCAUCUCAGUGUCGUAGAAGAUGACGCUCUUGGGCGACAAGAAACUCUUUCAAUCCUUUACUUAAGUGACAAUAAGCUCCAGCUCAUCCCCAGAAGUUUACCCGAGCAAUUAACAGUACUGGACUUGCAUGGCAAUCUUAUUGAUAAUGUGACGAGGUCCGAUUUUUCGGGUUUGUCAACACUUGAAGUGCUGUUGUUAAAUGACAAUAAAAUAACAUUGGUAGAAGGUGGAGCUUUUAGUAGUUUACGCUCUCUUGUGACACUGGAUUUGUCGCGAAAUUCGAUAAAAGCUCUUUAUCCAGGAAGUCUCUCAGGACCGGUAGCUUUGAAAAUUUUAAGACUGAGUGGUAUAGACACAGUGGCCCCCGCGGAAGACGUGUCUUUCCCUCUCUCGAUUCCGGAUCAUUUAGUGACUCUUGAUUUAUCAGGCAGUUCAGGUCUAGCGCGACAAUUACUCUCUGAUACUGCCGCUUUGGCCGCGUCUCGGGAAUUACAAGAGUUGGAUAUUUCCGGUGCAGAUAUCGAAUUUAUCCGUUCUGAUUUAUUGCACUUUCUGCCCGAGUUAAGGAUAAUGCACGUAAAAGAUAAUCGGCUUAAUUGCUCGAAUUUACAAUGGCUAGCUGUGUGGAUGCGCCGCCAAGAUCAGGACGAGAACCGGCUAGUUAUAUGUGCCAGUCCCCCAGACCUCUGGGGAGUGCUCCUACUUGAUUUACAAUAUGCCGACACUUCCACGAUAAAACCUAUACAUCAAGGACAAAAUCCGGAUUUCAAGGGAACGAUUAAUUUUGACAAUGAAAUCAAUGCAUUGCAAAAGAACCCAAAAAAUGUGACGGGAAAAUACGAAAUCCAUGAAAUGGUUCGUACGUCGACAGCAAUAACAAAUGACUUGGUCUAUAAUUCCACGAAUAAUACACGUUUAGACAAUGCUGAUAAGAAUAUUGACAGGAACAUUGAAUUUACGUCGAAAUACGGAAGUGGGGACAAUAAGGUCGGAACUAAUACGGCGAAUAAAUUAAUUUCUUUUGCGCUGGAGCACGAUAUGAAAAGCUUAAAGUUUUCUCCAAAAAGUGUGAGAAGCAGGAAGAUAAUCCACAGUAAAACUGUCAGUGAGCAAUUGUCGUCAUAUACAGAAGUGAAACAACCAUCGAUUAAUCCGCAGAAUUUCUAUCAAGAGUCACACAUACAACUCAGGUCCACGACUCCAACAAGCAGUUUUAAUCCCGCAGAUGCCAGAAGCCUACAAGAAGCAUCUACUGACAGAAACUCGACAGAACAAUUACCGCCGAGAAAUAAUGGGCCAACUGCAGCCCUUAAUAAAACCCAAGCUUCCCUUAAUCUGGCGUCUAAUGAAAGGACAUUCAAUGACACAUCUGGUUUAGUGGAAAGCAACAAAGGCGAAAAUGGGAUGCCGCCUCUAACUGAAGUUAAUAUGACAGAGAAUAUUUCACAAUGGAACGAGUCCUCGGUUAAAACUUCAAUGUACAGAAAGGACAACUACCCCUCCACAGGGCAGCAUCCAGGACUGCAAAUGUUAGGCUUGGGUACCAUUUUGUGUGUUGCAAUCAUCUUGGCGAUGCUGGCAAGUCGUUACAACAGGGGGAAAAGAAGUGAUGAAGAGAAGUCAGAAAGCACAGACAAUAUUCCAGUCACCAGCAUAUCAAGUGUUACCGAAUUAUGGUGACAUUUCAUGGGCGAAAAGGAAGGUGAGGAACUGACGCCUCUAUAUGAAACUUCUAUCACAUAAGAUAUCCGAUACUGACCGUGUUUGAUAAUAAUAUAGUGUGUACCGAAUGAACUGAAGUAGACGUGAAUGAAGCAGCGGUGAUUGUAUAUUAUUGUUCAGUAGAUUUCUAAUAAAACUUGUGGUAUUUUAAAUCGAAUUGGCUCAAUUGAACAUUGAUCUUAAUGAUGUCUCAAAACUGAAGUGCCCAACUUAAACUUAAAUAAAGCACAUUAUUUAAAUAGUGCAGGUUGGUCAUGUUUUUCCUUUGUAAUAGUUUAAACCCAUUAAAUAUAUGAGCUUUAUUUUACACACACCCUAAAAACUUGCAGCAUCGUGGAAAGAGAAUUAAAUAUGUAAUUAAAUAAUUAAAAAUUGUUAGUUAACACUAACGCUGCAAAAAAUUAAUUCUUAGCUGUUGUCGCAAACCAAUAUCUGAAAGCGUAAAUCUAAUAAACAUUUUCUAUUGAAUGUUGCACAGUUACUCGGCCCGUCCCAGCAUUGCUCGCCACCAGAAGACGAUCAGUAUAUCCGCAAGAGUCCGCAAUUCUUAUAUGUCCGAAAAUUUUCAAAGUAGUGAUAAAUUCUCCUAAUUUUUGUACCGAACAUUGUUUGGCCAAUCUCAUUAAAACAUUUUCGGGCCAGUGCAAACAUCAGGUGCUGAAGCGUGACACGGAAAAAAGUCGAGACAAGUGAGAUGCUCGUCAAACUAAGGCAAAUAUGCUAAUUAAAACAACUUUAUUGUGGCAAUAUUGGCGCAAAUUUGAGAAAUCACUUGCAAAACAAAGUCUAGUUUGGUUUUUGAUAGCAUUGAAAAAUUGUGUGGAUUAGUGGGUCUCGAAAAUAUGACCAUAAAUAAUUACUAGAGUGAUCUGUUUGUAAUAUCCGGUAUAUCGAAAACUACUCGUUUCUUCUGCAAAUUACUUUGACACUGAUGCUUUUGGGACAUAUCUCUGAUUAGAGUGCACUAUAAAGAUAUGCAAAUCAAUAAAAAAUACCUAACUACUGUUUUGAAGUACCAUAAUGUAAGUCGAACAUAACAAAGCUAAAAGCUAGAGCAUAAAUUGAAAUUAUGAAAAAUUGAACAAGUGCGAGAAGUAAUGAAAAAAAAACAAAAUUUAAAUGGCAGCAGGGAUGGUAAAAAAUUAUCAGCGGUUAUUUUUUGUUAAGAAGUGAUUCUUGAGUGAAAUGGUUUUCAAAUAAUGAACAAUUAAUAAAGUACAGUUUACCACUUGAAAAAACAGUUAAUUAAAAUUAACGAAGCUUUCACAAUUUUUUAUCAGCAACCUAGCAAUAUUAGAAAAAUGCACUGAUUGUAGUAGAACAAUUGUCGUGCACCAUUCUAUGAGUUUUCUGUGUUCCGAACAAAAGGUGUAAAUAUUUGGUUAGAACAAUGUAUUUUCACCGGAAAAUCUCAAAUAUUAUAGAAAUAAAGAAAAUGCUAAAAAUAGCUGGCGCACAUGUUUUCAAUUAAUGGCUUUUGACAAUUUUGCGCCAUAUUUUGCAUCCAUCCCUAUUGUGAAUAGUUUUCAAUCAAGAACCGAUUUCGUAUUUAAUAAUAAGUUCACUGAUAUUUCUUGGGAUGCAAUCAAACCGUUCGAAAAUUUAUUUAAUUAUCAUCAUCCUAAAAUUAAUGAAAUUGCUGUGAAUCGCAGAUAUUGUGAAAACUUCUCGCCAGUUAAACUGUUAACUAGUUGAGUUGGUAAAUUUUCACUGAUUUAAGUUUAAAUCAAACAUAGCCUUGCGUGAAAGAGAUACCAAUGAGAAUACGUAAAGUUUGGUAAUUCUUUAUAAAAAUUGCCAUGGCUUCUGGUAACCCAUAUGCUUCUAGCUUUAGCAUUGAAAAUAAUUGUUUUUCGGUAAAACAAGUGUAACAAAUUUUCGAUUCUGACGUUGAAAAUAGACCGGUGCUACCGAAAAGCAAUCAGACAAAAACUCCCUCGGUUUGUAUUUUAAUUCGAUGUAUCAUACAAUUAAUGUUAUAUAUUUGUUAAAUGAUAGUGUAAGUAAGUCUUAAAUAAAUCAGACGAUAUCGUUUUUGAAAAAUAUUGCGAAUGGAUUAAUGGUAGUGAAAAUGUUAAGUUAAGGAAAUUAAUACUGAGUUUAGACGAAAAUAUCAAGUAAUAGUAAAUGAUAAUAUUUUCAGUUCUAUUAAAAGUAGGAGUGCCACCGUUCAAAUAAUAUGCAGGCCAAUCAUCUACAAAAACAUGUGUAUUGUGGCAACUGUAAAUUUAUUUUAUAUACUUUUAUGUGACUACAAAUUCAUCAAUAAUAGGUACGAUAGAUUAGAACAGGCAAUUAAAGUGAAACGUUUGUUUUUGUGCCAACUUGUAUAAUUGAGCACAACUGUGUUACUAAAUGGACCUGAAUCCACAUAUUCGUCUAAUAUUUUUCCAGAAUAUAAAUGUAUUCCAAUAGUUCAAUGCAUCUGAUGGACAGAAUAAAUAAAUGUAUUUAAAUUUUA